AUGUCUGAGGACUUACCAAAGAGGCUUUUUAAGGAGGACGAGGAGCCCCGAGUGACUCAGAUCAACAACAACUGCAGGAUCGACUACAUUAUCCGAAAGUUCCAAGCGUGGCUGCCAAAGGAGUUGGAUGUUGUGAAGAAGGAUCCGGUUUUUCAUCAGAUUUUUAAGCUCCAUGAGAAUGGUCUUGGAUACUCCGCGAGGGUGAUUCACAGCUUCUUGUGUAGGGAGCUGGUGACUUACUUACAGCACGAGCUUUGGUUUGUCUUUGCGAGGAGACCGCUUCGAUUCUCAUUGCAAGAGUUCCACGCAGUAACCAGGUUUGAAUGCGAUACUCGUAUCUCGCUUGAGGAGUUCGAAGAGUGGAAAUAUGAUGGUGGUUUCUGGAGCAAGGUUUUGAGGAGAAAAGAUGGAACAAUUACACUCUUCAACCUGUGGACUAAGGACAAGGAAGCUGUUAAGAAGUGGAGGAAUGCAGAUCACAUAUGCCUUAUCUACUUGGCGAUCAUUCUUUGUGUGGUAUUAGCGAGAGAUGAGAAGGCUAAUAUCCCCUUCAAAUACAUUGCGGUGGUCAUGGAUCUUGACAGAGUUCGAAAGUGUCCUUGGGGAGUUGCUUCUUAUGACCUUCUCUGCAAGUCAAUAGCCAAAAAUCGUGACCAACUGAAGAAAAAUACUACUAGUUAUGUCUUGGAUGGAUUCUCAUACGCCUUGCAGAUUUGGGUAAUGGAAGCGGUACCAAAGAUUGGGAAGCUUUGUGGAAAAAAGCUGGACAAAGGUUUCAAGAACAGUCCUAGAUGCAUAAACUGGAUGGGAGCUGCAAAGGUGUCAUAUGAGGAGAUCAUUCGGAUGACAUCUACCCAUACAUCUCAUGGACAUGAAAUUAUGAUGUUGUCAAAGCUCAGGUUUCGCAGAGAUGAUGAUGUGGAGGAUGAUAGAAUCAAGGUUUUGAUGGAGUUGAUAAAGAAUGAGCAUGAUUUUAGUGAGCAUGUUUGGGAAACUGAAGAAAAUGAAGUGGUUUCUUUAUCUCUUGACGACGAAUCAACUGUGAAUGAUGAAGCAAGCGUGAAUGUUGAAGCAGCCGAGAGUGAUGACGACUUUCAGACUCCGAAAGGAUCAAAGAACGUUGGUUCUAGAUCAAAGAGGGGUAAGAAGAGGCUUCCGGAUCGUGGUGUGGAGAAGAGGAAGCAUAAGGUUCUCGCAAGUGGCCCAAAGCAAGCUCCUUUUAAUGAAGACAUGAAGGCUUUUGUGACACAGUUGUUUGAGCACAACUUCUCUGGAAUGGAACAAAGGCUACAGAAACAAAUGGCUGAGACAUUUGAGCAGAUGUGGGCAGAGCUUAAAGAUUCACGUAAGGAAGCAAGCGUUGAAGUUGAGCUUGGAGAGCCUUCACCGACAAAGCCAUCGACAAGCCAGGCACCGUUGAGGAGGUCCGCACGCGGGGGUAAAGAAACACUAGUCUUCACCACUCUCUUGAAUGAUGGAUCCGAGACUACAUUUAAUGUGAAUUAUAGUGAAGCAGAUGAUAUGGGUCGCAGGAUAGGUACGCAAGGGGUUGAAGGGCUUUCUCAGACGUCGUAUGUGCCAGGCUUUGAUCCAUCUCAGACCAAAAAAGAGGAAGACUGGUGGACUCCAAUGACUUCGGUCCGAGGUUCAGUGGAUAAUCCAGUAAAGAAAGAAAAGAUAGAGAUAAAUACAACUCCACCGCCGUCACAGUGGGAGAAAUGGUCUACAAGAGUAGUAAGUGCUGGAAAAUGGCUUGGGAACGAGGAGAUGGAUGCCGUUAUGUUUAUAUGGCGUGUGAACACUACUUUGACUCGUUGGGCCCCUCGCCGUGUCGUUUUCAUGCAUGCUAUGUUCUGCCUCCAAGUCGACGCUGCAUACAAGAAGUUUUUACCAAACAAAAAAGCCUAUCAGUUGCCUGAUAUCCUUCUUGGUUACGGAAGAGGAGAGCUUCCAUCUCAUGGGCAGACUGAUCUAGUUUGGGGUGUUGAUGUUGAUCGACUCUACUUUCCUCUGUUUGUAAAUGAAUUGGUCAAUCUAACUGUGUAUUGGAUGUUACUGAUGAAGGACAAAACCCACUUGUUCAAAUGGACUGACAAAUCAGUUGUUGAGAAAAUUGAAGACUUCCAGGACCUGUUUGACGUGUUGCUCGUUGACAAUUCCGAGUUUCAGAAAUCAGUGAGAGCUGGUGAGGCCAUGAUGAAACGCCAUGAGAGUAGAAUUGAAGAGAUGGAAGAUGCAAUCGCACAUUGCGAAGAGAAGACCUCAGAAUGCAUUAGGGAACUAAGGAGCAUAAAAGCUUUGUUUGUGUGUUGUUUGGUGAUGGUCUUCAUGUACCAUACCUAUGCAUGA